AUGCAUCUACAUUUCGAAAGGAACAUAAAUGCAAAAUGCGACUGCACGAUACUAUCGCUGUCGUGGAUGGGCAAAGUUCCCGAUGAGCUGCCUGAGGAAGAAGGAUGGAAGCUGAAUCGUAACAACUACUACCAAGAAGGUUGGCUGGCGACUGGCAACGUGCGAGGCGUGGUCGGGGUCACCUUCACCUCCUCGCACGCCCGUCGCCCGCACGAACUGCCUCUGCGCACCAAUUACAAUUUGCGUGGACAUCGCUCCGAUGUGAUCCUGGUUAAAUGGAACGAACCCUACCAGAAACUAGCAUCAUGUGAUAGUUCAGGUGUAAUCUUCGUGUGGAUAAAGUACGAGGGGAGAUGGAGUAUCGAGCUCAUCAACGACCGCAGCACACCUGUCACCCAUUUCUCUUGGUCGCACGAUGGGAGGAUGGCUCUAAUAUGUUAUCAGGACGGUUUCGUGCUCGUGGGUUCAGUAGCUGGUCAAAGGUACUGGUCGUCGAUGUUAUCCCUCGACGCGCGCAUCACUUGUGGCUGCUGGACCCCUGACGACAGCCAGGUCUACCUCGGUACAGCAUCCGCACAGCUCGUCGUCAUGGAUGUACACGGCGCUAUGGUUUCACAGGUACAAUUGGUUGCCGAAGGCGGCAUAACGUCAAUGGCGUGGUCGUGCGAAAAGUUCAAAAUGGAAGAAGGAGAGGAAAUCGGAGAGAACAAUGGGGGUCAUGUCCUAGCGGUCGCACUGGGCAACGGAGAAAUUGUACUGCUACGAGGACACGACGAUGUGAGCCCCUUCCGCAUCCACACCGGCUUGCGAGGCAGCACGCUGGCCAUGGAGUGGGCCAACUCCAGGGAAUUGCUUGCCGUCGCUGGUACACUAAAUGCCGAGCCUAACGAACCCGAGGACGAACCGCCGUAUAAGAACGUCGUAAAAUUCUACUCCGACACCGGAGCUCUUAUUUACACCGUCCCCAUUCCGUACACCCAAGCGCGCGUGACGGCUCUAACGUGGGGCCACGCAGCUAGGCGGUUGUUCGUGGGCGCUGGUGGCGCGGUGUGUACGGCGCGCGUGUGGCGCGUGGUGGCGCCGCUGCAACUACUGGCGCGCGUCAGAGCGGCGUCCGCGCUGCGACACCCUCGCCUCGCUGCCAAGCUGCCUCUACCGCCUCGGUUACAGCCAGCCCUUGCCAGUCUCUUUGCUCAUACCAUAAGGUGUAACGUUCCCGAAGCAAACGAGCUCCGUCGCUUUGUUUCACGGCCGCCGGCUGCUGGCGGGCGCCUGCACUGCACGAUGCUUCGACACGACGACGAGGAGGCGGGCGCCUACACGCUGUACCUCGAGCACCUGGGGGGACUCGUACCGCUUUUAAAGGGGCGAAGGACCAGCAAGAUUAGACCCGAGUUCGUCAUCUUCGAUCCGCAGGGAGAGGGUAAGUUAAUAUACAUCUAUAUCUUCACAGGGGCGCUGCCGGCGGGCGAGCGCGCGGCGAGCAGCAGCAGCAGCGGCGCCGGCAGCGCGUCCAGCAGCAGCGGCGGCGCGCCCUCGCCGCGCGCGCCGCGCCGCGCCCGCGCCGCCGCCGACGACUCCUGCUCCUCCGACACCGAGCGCGAGGACGGAUGCUCCGGAUCGCCUAGACUACAAAGACGAAGACGUGCUCGCGAACGGCGAAAAACACGCAACACUGCUAACAAGGAUGACGUUCCUGACGAAUUAGCGUAUAUAGACUCGUUGCCUGAGGAUGUUCGAUUGGUAGAAGUGACUUCAAAUAUCUGGGGAACGAAGUUUAAAAUGCAUGGAUUAGCUAAAAAUGUUCCAGCUAAUCUAGGUCAAGUUACGUACAAAACAUCGUUAUUACAUCUUCAACCGCGACAGAUGACUUUGAUGAUAACAGAAUUAAGAGACGACUAUCCAAUCGGUCCAGACCCUACUUUUAAUCCAAACAUAUUCUCUGAGGACGAGGAAGAUGUGUUUCAGCCCAGUGAACAGAACUCGCCGUCUCAUAUGAACAAUAAUAUUAGGAAAAAGUUUAACCCGGUUAUUGUGUCUGACAGAAUGACGAAUACAAACAACAUAAUUAAUCAAUCUGAAAUUUUUUCUCCUAAUAACAAUAGUUCAAAUCCAGCGUUAGCUAGAGCUGAAUCGUACGAUGAAUUCCCCUAUAUAGAUACCAAUGAUACUAUGAAUAAUGUACCUGAAAAUGUGUACAAUUCAAAUUCUGUACGACAUUCAGCCCAAAAUUCUGAAAGACGAGUAAACAAUUCGGCCGCUGUGACUAAUCGACAUGCAAUUUCACCGCUACGCUGUGAAAGUUCUGUUCCCACUUUACAAUCUCCAAAGAAUGCCGUUGCUCCCACGGAUAUUAUAUUCGAGAGACCAUCGCCGCAAACCGUAACUUGCGGUGGUCGAGGUGACUUUUGUGGAGGUCGAGCCGAUUACAGCGUAAGAGAUAACACGUCUUUAAAGGGCAACCUGUCUAAUAUCGACCAGCAACCGUUUAGUUUAAAUCUCAGCUUAGAACCUAGUAGACAAGUAACUAUUAAGAAGUGUGAUAAUCACGUUUCAGAUAAUUGUCUUUCAAAACUAAGAAAAAAUAUUUGUAGUAGAGGUGAGUCGUCAUACGAAGUUAAUGCGAGAAUAUUGAAAUCGUUAUGUAAUAAAAAUUAUGAACAUGAGGUACACCCGGACGCGAUGAAUAAACGUGCAGAGACGAUAAAAAAUUUACAGAAAGGAGAGGAUCUUAAAUAUAUCGACGAAGAAACACCGGUCGAAACGAAUAUUAACAACCUGACGGACAAGGCACGAGAGAGUAGAGUGCAAAGGACGACGACAGUAGUUCCGAUUAGCCCCGUGUGUACCAGUCUGCCCGUGUACGACACCAUGACGCGGAGCUGCAGCGUCGGCUACCUCGACCUCGUCGACCCGCAGGUGCUGCACGCGCAGGUCAGCCUCACCGCGCUACGCGGGGAGCCGCCCCGGCGACUCGUGCUGGUCAAUACCAAGAGACAGCGACGUCCGAGGAGGUAUCUGAAGGCGAACGAUAUUAAGCAGAUAGAAAAUUUCAAAACUCCGAGCUUGAGAAAGUGCGGGAAAUCUAAGAGUCUCGACUCCGGAGAGUUAUCUAUGAGUGCAGAAAAGGGAAAAAAACAGACGAAGGCCGAUUUGAACGUAAAAGUGGAGGUGUCGGCGAACUCGAGUAGCCGGUGCAAUAGUACGGGAGAGGACAACAGCGGGGCGAGCGGCGCGGAGGAGGCGCGGCCCGCGUGUGCCGCCGGCCCCGCCGCGCCGCGCGCGCCCGCCUCCGACAGCGACUCCGACUACAGCAAGUAUUAUAGUUCGCUGGAACAGCUGGCGCUGCGGCUGCUGGCGGCCCGCGGGGGCGCGCGGGGCGGCGCGGGCGCGGCGCGCGAGAGCAGCUCCGCGCCCGCCUCGCCGCGGCCCGCGCGCGCCGGCCCCGCCUCCGCCGCCUCCCCCGCGCCCGCCUCGCCCGCGCCGCGCACGCAGCGCCGCCAGCGCUACUCCUCCACCUCGCCUAUUAGGCAGUUAUUGAACUCGCCGCUUCUCAAUAGAAGAAGAAAUAAAAAGCUCUCUGAGAGUUCGGACGAUGAGUACUCGAACGGCUACAAUGAGGUCAAUAGCAAGAACUACAGAGAUCUCGAAAGCUUCCAAAAAGCUCAACUUAGGAAUAAGCUAAAGCGCGCCGGGGGCGCGAGCGCGGCGCCGGGCGCGGAGGGCCGCGGCCGGCGCCAGCUCGUGAUGCACAACAAGGCGCCGAUGUGGAACGAGAACAGCCAGGUCUACCAGCUCGACUUCGGCGGCCGCGUCACGCAGGAGUCCGCGAAGAACUUUCAGAUCGAGUACCACGGCAAACAGGUGAUGCAGUUUGGUCGUAUUGACGGUAACGCCUAUACAUUAGAUUUCCAGUACCCAUUCUCAGCUCUGCAAGCAUUCGCUGUUGCUUUAGCGAAUGUAACGCAGAGAUUGAAAUGA